AUGCCUCUACAUCCCCCGAUUCUACAUCUCGCCGACGAGCUGCUCGCCGAGAUCCUGGCGUUUGUACUGGAGCGCAGAUCUGGGCGCAAUGGCCACGCGGACCGCGACUAUCCUAUUGAAUAUGGCGAGAACUCCGAUUUAGAUCGAUUCCGCCUGGUCUGCAAGCGUUUCAUGCACAUCGCGACCCCGCGCAAGUUCUCACGUGUCAAUGUGCGCUUCUCGAAAAAGGGCUUGCGCCGACUUGAGGAGCUCGUGGCCAUGCAACGCGCGUGCUAUGUGAAGACGCUGACAUAUCUCGUACGACCCUUCUGGAAAGGCAGCGGAUGGACCUCCAUACUGCUUGCGCUGAGGGAUGUAGAUCCGGCUCUCGCCCAAUUUCACCACCAGCGAUUGGAGGAGGAGAAUUCGAUACUCAAUGCAAACUACGACCUCAUGCUCCUCCGACGCGGAAUAGCUGCCUUCUCGGGAUUACAGGAGAUCAAGCUCUUCAGGACGCAGGAUGAGGCCGACGAGAGUCUCCUUGAUUUCCAGCGCUACCAAUAUAUCCGUACGGUUCGCAAUAAUACCGACGCGGAGUCAUCUUCAAUCCAACUUGACUGGGAUUCAGCCUGUUCGCGCGCCGUGAAAAACCUCGGGAUCGCGCUCUUGGAUUCCCAGUGCAGCUCGAUCCGCUUCACUGGCCCCCAAAUCAGUCCAGAGGCAACGUUGCAGCUUCUGCAGGCCCCCUCAGCUAUCUUGGCCGACAUGGCCGGUCGCCUGACAAGUCUCGAUAUCAAUUUUCAUUCACAUUCAGACAUCUCGCCUAAAAUGGCCGACCUGUCGAGUGUGUUUCAUCGAUUUUUCCUAGCCGCCAAGAAUCUGAUGGCCAUCCAUAUUGGAUUUCCACCCAAGAGCCCACUUAACCUCGACCUAGAAUCUAUAUUCCACAACAUCAGAUGGAAAACAUUGCGGAUGCUAAGCUUACAGGGAUGGCGUCUUGACGCAGAAGAGAUAAACGCGCUGCUACGCCGCCACCGCGAACACCUGCGUGACUUCCGCCUAUUUGCCAUCUACCUCCGACCUGGCAGUCGCUGGACAGAUGUACUAACCGUCCUGCGCUACGAAAUGGAGCAAUUAGACCGAUUAGAUCUGCGCGAUAUCGAUUACGACGGCGGCUUCGACAUCCACGAGAACGCUAGCGGUGUCGAAGUCUCCGAUUACGAGGACGACGCGUCCCAUCCGGAAGUCGAGCUUUCCGCUGACGGAGUGGACGCCCCUGACCCAGUCGCACCAGCGUCAUCUUCUCUUUCCGUCGCCGCGGGGACAUCGCCGCCGGAGUUACCGCCAUUUUCGGGCUUUGGGACCGACGCGGGGGGGCUCGUGGCUUCCGCCACGCGCGCGUGGAAAGAGGACACUUCUGCGACGCGAGUCGUGGGAGAAGAUGCGUAUGUUGGCGCUAGAUGA